AUGUGCACCAUUGCAAACCAUUCUGGAUCUCGAAAAACACCUCUUGCACUACCUGCAGAUGAUCUCGGCAUUCUUCGUGAGGGGGACGAGCCUUCUAUCGAAGAUGUAUUGCGACGGCAGCUCCUAGACAAAGAUCGCGAGAAUGACAAGGAGCUAGAGAAGGAAUAUAAAAAUCUGGAUCUGAUUCUACAGGGAACUCAGAGAGAGAACGAAAGGUGCAUGGCAGAACUGGACAGGGUGAAGACAAGAGAGAAAGUGUUGGAGCAAGCUUUGGCCAAAUUCGCUGGCGAGAAUUGGCAGAGUGCGCUCGACAUCGCGCCACCUUCAUCAACAUUCGCAGCUCGUUCUGUUAUGGGGUCCGUCUUCUCUCGAGGGACGCCAACACAUCAGUCGGGCAAUCCUGAUCUGUCUACCUCUGCGCCUGUCUCUCAAGCGGUGGUUGAAUCUACGUUAACGCAGGUGGAACAGAUUCGCCUGCUCGUCCUCGGCAUGGAGCAGCGCUUGCAGACCAGGGAGGAGAAACUCGCGAAGACGAUCGGGCAUGCUGAAGCGCAAGAGAUCAAGUGCGAUGCGCUGAAGAAAGAGGCGAUGGCCACAAAAGUGGCUGCAUGA